AUGGCCGAUGCAGACGAAGACGUGGUUCCACGGGGAGGGACCGGCGGCGAGGAUGUCGACCUCUCUGAUGAAACACAAGAUUUCCGAUUUUUGAGCUCCAUCUCUCGAGAAGACGCAACAAUACCCAAGCGUGGUGAAAAGGACUUUGAACCGCAUGCCACGGCUCUUCAAUCAAAUACUCUGGCGGCAUCCCGGCAGGCAAUGCAUAAUGCACUUUCAUACCCGAGAAUUCAUCAUCCUAACGGAUACACAUAUGCCGUCUAUCACCCGGAAAGUAACAUGGCCUAUUCUCAGAACCCCAAAGGUGUGCUUUUCUCCAAGAUGGGUCAAGUACUCUCAGCUGCGGACGACCCGCUAGGCAAUGACGAAGGCCGAGGGCAGAGGUUAUGGUUCUUACCUGAGGAGAUAAUCUAUCUGAUCGAGCGAGGGACUAUGGACGUAAGGUGGCCUAGCGCAGAAGGCGACCAGGAGCUAGGACUACCGAUGAGUCUUCAAGGCGCAUAUGCUAUGUUCCUUGGUGACGAAGCAUCCCACAACGGCGCACUUACUCUCGAGCGGUAUUCUGUCUAUGCGAACUUGAAGAGACUAGGGUACAUCGUAAUGCGCGCACCAAGCUGGGACAGCGCCGGCCUUCCAUUGACCGACGAGCACUAUCCGAAGACCGCGGCCACUACACGGCAGGAUCAGAAAUGUCAUCGGACUGGCCCAAUGAUCGCACCAGGUCUCUAUCGGGACUAUAUUCACAUCUAUCAACGGCUGGCGCUCAUCAGUUUCUACGAUCCGCGCAGUAGAAGAGCACCUGCAGAGCCCGAGCUGCCCAACCCAGAUCCGAAUUUCCGCGUCACCUACCACGUCUGGAAGCCCGGUUCGUCAAAUUUCAAGAAGACGGCGCCAGGACAUCCGGACUUUCGCAUUGCUGUCGUCAAUGCUAGGGAGACAGCAGUCCCGACGCUUGAACAACUGAGCUCUCUGAUUGACACUGUACCCUACUCCCCACCAAGGGAUGACGCUUACUUCUAUGCUAAGCUGAAGAAUGGGCACAAGAAUGUUAUCCUGGCAGUCGUAGAUCAGGGCAUGACGAGCUAUCUCCGGAUUGCAGAUGCUGCAUUUGGAUGUGAAAAGAUAUACGAGCGCAAGGCAAGAGGUGGUGGAACAACCAAAACCCCAUUGCAAGAACUAAAAGAACCAAAAGCGCAACCAAAGAGCAUUGCCACCAGGUCGAUUCCGUGCUGA